AGACGCACACACUCUCUAUCUCUCUCCCUCCUCUCUCUUGCUGUCUUUGCGUCUCUCUCUCUCUGUCUCUCUCUCACUCACACACAAACACACACAAACACACACACACACACACACACACACACACACACACACACACACACACACACACACACGCACACGCACACGCACACAACCACGCGCGCGCGGGCGGGCGCGCUCUCAGUGGUUGACGGGUUCUCAGCUCGCGGUGCAGACGGCAGCUCGCUUGCGGAGUGACAGUGUUCCUCACGAGCUUCUAGCGGAGGAAGAGGAGGUGGAAGAGGAGGAGGAAGAGGAGGACAACACGAGCCCAAGCCACUUCAAGAGGACAGUCUCAAGCCAACCACUGCAAGAUGGCUAACCUGGGUACAUCUCUGUGUUGUGUGGUUCUGGCGGCGGUGGUGGUGGCGUACGCUCAGAGACGCAGCCAACUGGUGGCCAGGAACCAGUACGAGCGGAUGGGUAGCGAUGUCACGAUGAAGUGCGGUUUCCUUGAAGACGAUGCGUCGGUGUCGUGGAAGGUGAACGGCACGGAUGUGCGUGCGCGGCACCGCCUGGACGGGCCGCGGCUGGUCCUCACCCAUGUGGAUCUUGGACACAACGGCCUCUACAGCUGCUUCCAGAACCCUCUAGGGGAGCGCAGGGACACCAUCAUCCUCCGCAUCGGCACAAUCCCCAGAGAGCCUGUGGUGAGCUGCAGGUCCAACACCUACCCUAAAGGCUUCUACUGCAGCUGGCAUCUCCUCCCCCCCACCAAUAUCCCCACCGAGUUCCAGGUGGAGGUCCAACAUAACAUGCGUGUUCUGGACGUACAGAAGGACCACGUCCAUAAGUACAAGAUCCAUGUGCUGUUCCCAGAGGUGUUCUCCAGCUUCCCCUACCGGGUCAACGUGACCGCCACCAACGCUCUCGGCUCCGCCUCCUACGCCAUCUCCUUCGAGGAGUCCAGCAUAGUGAAACCGGACCCCCCCGAGCGCGUGGUGGCGACCCCCAUCCCCAGCAACGUGCGGCGGCUCGAGGUGUCGUGGACCAGCCCCUCCAGCUGGCCAGAGGUGGACUCCUUCCCCCUCAAGUACUUCCUGCGCUACCGGCCCCUCAUUAAGGACCAGUGGCAGCACGUGGAGCUGUCAGAAAGCACCUCCCACACCAUCACAGACGCCAUUGCUGGGAAAGAGUACAUCAUCCAGGUGGCGGCGAAGGACACAGAGAUCGGGACGUGGAGCGACUGGAGCGUGGCGGUGCACGCCACGCCCUGGAUGGACCAGCCCAAACAGAUCACCUCCACCACCGACACCAGCGAGCCCCUCCUGGAGACAAAGCCCUCCCCCCAGCCUGCAUCCGCUUUGCCACGUCAUGUUGGAACUCCGGUGGGCGGAGCUUACAUACCACUCCCCUUCUCCACCCCCCUGCUGGUGGGGGCGGUGCUACUGCUAUCCAUGUGAUGGAGACGCUGAGAUACUGGAGGAGGAGGAGGAGGAGAAGGAGGAGGAGGAGAAGCGAUUGAGGGAGAGGCUGAGGAAGAGGAGAAGUAUGAGAGGAGAUGAGGGGGAAACAAGGAGAAGAGGAGGUCACAUGGAGGAGAGAGGAGGAGGUACAGAGAGCCGAAGGAUGAGCAGAGAGGAGACUGUUGUUUCUAUGUUGCGUGCGUGAAGAAUAAAGUGUAGUCAUUCUUACUCAUCGCUCCUCAACACCGAGACGUAGACGCCAGGCUGGGAGGACUUGGGUUAACAAAAUAAAGGAGCCGAGACAGCGCCGCUCCACUGCUGCCACCUGGAGGCCAAAGCCUGCAGGACGUCUGGGGGACGGACCCGUCUCCUCACCUGCCCCUACACACAUCGCUAGUCUUCAUUUAGCACUCUUUUUUUAAACAUUGCAGCACUAUAUAUAUAUACACAUAUACACAUAUAUAUGUAUAUAUAUAUCAAGUGUUUGUGUAUCCGUGUACACAUAUAUAUAUGUUUAUAUAUUUGUGUAUAUAUAUAUAUGUAUGCGUAUGCGUGUAUACGUGUGUGUAUGUGUGUUUGUGUGUAUAUAUAAAUGUAUUUCGAGGCUAGAGGAAGCGUGACUGUAGCGGCCCCCUUCAUGCCAAAGACUCCUGUUCCCACACACACUCACACACACACACAGACAUACACACACACACAAAAACACAGAAGCAAACACACAUACACACUACCACACUCACAUAAACACAUAAUCACACACACACUUACACACUACCACACUCACAUAAACACAUAAUCACACACACACACACACACACACACACACACACACACACACACACACACACACACACACACACACACUUGCACAC